AUGGUCGACGCCGCAUACUUCGACAGAAAUGUCCAGGAGUACUACUUCUUCUCUGGCCACAGAUUUGCCCAAAUCGACGCCAACACGGGCAAGAUCGCAGACAAGACAACCCUUGGCCCCGCCAGAAUCGCAGACCACUGGUCGGGACUUGUUGAAGCCAAGUUUUACUCAUUGGAUGCUUUACUUGAAGUCCCUGGCGAAGCGGACCGUGUUUGGGCUUUCCGUGGCCUAGACUUUGUUCGUAUCCAAGUCUUGCCAGGAGGAAAGGGCAAAUCCACGUUUGGCCCCGCAAAGAUUGCGGACCAUUGGCCAUCGCUCGUGAAGGCGGGCUUUGCUACAGUCAAUGCUAUCCUGCCGGUCCCCGGUCAACCCUACGAAGCCUAUGUCUUUAACCAGGAUCGCUAUGCCAAGAUUAGCCUGACUCCAGGUUCUGGCAACAGUGGACUUCUUUCGGGUCCUGCCAAGAUCACCGAUGAUUGGCCUUCACUUGCCAAAGCUGGAUUUGGUACUAUUGAUACUGCAGUUGUCGCUAAGGGCAUUCCGGAACAUGCUUGGGUUUUCCACGAUGACCAGUAUGUGCGUAUCAAGAUUACGCCCGGGGAUAGUGAGCUUGUUUUUGGCCCUACCUCUGUGGAGAAGCACUGGCCUAACCUUAGCUGGGUUUAA